UUAAAUGGACUUGGAUUGAUCAAGGGGGAGUGUUAAAAUAUGUGUGUUCAAUCCCCUCCAUGGGAUGCGAUAGUUUCUCCACAAGGGACGCACCCCUUGAGAAGGCACUAGUUCGCCUGUAUAUAUAAGCACUGUCUUCCCUGCAAUAAAGACAACUGUCAUUCUGUCUCUGGCAUUUACACAAUCUCUGAGUCUCGUUACCACUACGCUCUAAUACAAACAAGGAUUCAAAGCACAAGCGCUUACACCACUAAACCUCAGAGCCACUCCACUUCGAUAAUAAUUCCCCAAAGCAAACGUUCUGCCAUCAUAUUCAUACAGCACUAAUAAGUUCGUUCGCUUCACAUCCACACUCCCGCCGGCCGCGCGCUUUGUCUUCUCCCGCUUGGUGGUGUUCCUCGACAGGAGUUUCCACUCCAGGCGCUUGGUGGUGGGGGUCCGGAUGAGCCGGGGGAGCAGGCUCCGGUGGCUGUGGCGUGCGCCGGCGCGGGCGCUCGGCCGGGCGCGGGACCUGUACGUGCGGGGGCUCACGGGGUGCGCGCGCUACGUCCCCUCCGACGCCGCGUUCGGGUACCCCGUGCUCGUGCCGGCGCCGCCGCUGUCCAGGAGCCACAGCGUCGACUGGGGCCGCGGAGCCGCCGACGAGGACCUGCGCGAGCUGGUCCGCGCCGCGUCGCAGCGCCGCGUGGUGGAGCAGCGUCGCGCCGAGCUGCGGGCCGUGGCCAGGAGCCAGAGCAUGGCCGCCUCGCUCUCCAUGGGGCGGAUCGACGAGGACGCGCCGUGCGAGCUCGGCGCGGCCGCCGGCGACGGCCCCGGAGCGCUGUGCCCGAGGAGCCAGAGCUGCGUCGGCGACGCCGCGGGGAGGAGGGCCCUCGCCCGCCGCGGGCACGGCAAGCUGGUGCCCUCGGUGGUCUGACGGAGCGGCUGCCCGGUCGCCGUCGUCGGUGACACGGUGUGUGCGAUUGUGUUGUGCGUUGUCUUUAUUGCUGAGUCUGGUCAUGUCAAUAUGCGAAAAAGUUGCAUGGUUUUGCUGUCUACCGAACGUGCAAGCAGCAUCUGCCGUCGUUUCACCGUUGGAUUGCCUAGCUAGUCAUGCACAAGUAGCAUUUUCACUGGGCGCUCUUGGGCCCUUUAAUUUUGGCAAAAUUUAUGUCCA